AUUAUUAUUAUUAUUAUUAUGCUUUACAACACAGGCGGUGGAAAACGAGAAUUGAAGAACAAAAAAGAAGGAGAAAGAGUUAUAUCGAAGAAAGUUACUUCUACCGAGGGGGUGUUUCAGCUUGUAACUAUGGCCAGCUCUAGUAGAAUGACUACAGAACUGGACAAACUCGUGUAUAUUGAAAUGGCCGGAUGGAAACUUUACAGACUUGACCAGAAACAUAAUGUCAACAAUUUCAAACUCCAUCAUCAGGGGCAACAGAUUAAGGUAUAUUAGUCGAUUCCUGUAGUCCAAGAGAGGGUUGCUGACGAUGAAUUUGGUUGCCCUUCUCUGGACAUACUCGAGAUAUUUUAUAUCCACUAAAAGGUAUGGGUGCCAUACAGAAGAACAGUAAAGAAGCUGGGAACGAACAAGAGAAAUGUACAAAGAGCGUUUUGCUGGUACCGACACAGAGCUGGAGAAAACUCUCCGUAGAAGACCUAACAUUUUGUAGGCCCUAGAAGAGAUGAACUGAUAAUGGGAUCGCCAGGUGAGAUCAGCUGACACAUAUAGACCGAGAUCCUUUUGUGCAGCUAAAGAGGAGAUUUGUUUACCAUUCAAACGAUAGUUGAACGACGAAGGAGAUGACCUAGGCUUGAAACGAAUAGCAGAACACUUUUCUUCAUUUAGAAGCAGGUUCCAAGUUGAGCACCAGUCAGAGAGUCUAGAAAGAUCAGUUUGCAGAUUCAAACAGUCUUGCAGGGAGUAAAUUGGCAUGAUGCACUUAGCAUCGUCAGCAAAAAGUAAAACCUUGGAAAAGGAUAACGUAGAGGGCAAAUCGUUAACAAAGAUGAGAAAGAGAACUGGACCGAGGAUACUUCCUUGUGGCACACCAGAGAUAACAGGUAACGUGGGAGAAGUUGAUUGGCCAAUAGAAACAUACUGGACUCUGUUAGACAGGUAAGCUCUCACCCAUAGCCAGAGAUCACCAGUGAUUCCAAACUUCCAGAGCUUGCAAAGAAGUUCAUUAUGAGCCACAGAAUCAAAUGCCUUCUUGAAGUCUAGGUAAAUAACAUCUGUAUGUGAAGCAGAGCUUAAAAGAGUGUUAAAGAAAACAAGCAUCUGUUGCAGGGUGGAACGGCCGCGUAAAAAACCAAACUGGGAGACAGACAUAGAGUCACUUACAAAACCCACAAUACUGUUAAAUACGAGCUUUUCUAGAACCUUUGAAACAACCGAUAGUAAUGAGAUUGGUCUGUAGUUUCUUAUGGAACUCUUAUCACCGGAUUUGAAUAUAGGUUUUAUUGAAUGCGUGCGCCAGUCAAGAGGGAGAUACUUCUGGGAUAAACUCAGAGAAAAGAGAUGGUGAAGAGGUUGGUAGA